GCCAUUCUAUCCGAAUCCGCACAAAGAGCUGUUGUUCAAUGAAUCCCAGCGUGUCCCGCUCUGUUUCCUGUUGUCUGCGAGUUCUCUGUUCAUAUCACUUGCAGCUGGCUUGAGGGGGCGGCUUUGUUAUGUUUGUUUGAGUUUUCUCUCUUCCGAAAAUCUCUGCAAGUGCGAGUUUGAGUUCCGUAUAGCGGAUACAUUGCCUUCCAGAGUGCGACGGAAUAGCACAUUGAGAGAAACGAACUCACCGCUCUGCAAUUUAAUUGAGAAAUAGACCGCAGGACUCAGAAUUUGAUCAAAGAUGGGUUUUUGCAUAUUGUCUUGACACACGCUGGAUCUCAGCAAGCAGCAUCAACAUGGAUCUCCUGAAAGGAUCUUUAGACAGGAAGUUGCAGCGACCACUCUUGGCAAAGUCUCGAACCCUUCCCAGUAUUCCGCAGUCACCAACUGUCACAAGAGCGCACAAAGAAUUGUUAUCUGACAGCAAUGUUGGCAGAACUCAAAAUAAAUUGUUGCUUACAACUGAAAGUCAAAAGGGAUAUCGAGUGCCAUCAUUUGAGAAAACCUGGAGAAGGGAGGAUGAUGGGGAUGAAAUCCCUGAAGAUACGAGCACCCCAUGGAAUUUGGGAACUGAAGUCAAUGAUUCACCCUUCACAUACUUCAGAUCCAGAUCGGUCUAUAUGAAGAAGAGUAUUUCAGUGGAUGAGCAUCUUGGCUGGUUGGAGUAUUCACAGGAUUCUUCAGAGAGCAAAAUGGAGAAAGUGAAGGUCAAUCUCAGAAGAAAAUUUAGUUUGGGGUCAGCAGACAAGAAAGAUUCACUUCAAAAAAGGCUCGAAAGCAGUAAAUUGAAAUUGACUCAGCGGUUUUGCCACAAGGAAAGGUACAGCCAGCAUGAGAGUGCAGUGAAUGAGCAGUCCCUCUCCUGCCCCCGCCCACGAUCUCUCAGUUUAGACUGGCCCUCAUCUCCCAAGAUGACUCAACAGAUGCGGGAUCUCCAACUGAUUCACGGGAAGAAGCUAGUCUCUCCAUCCUCUCCUAAUGCAGCAAAGAGGUUAUACCGAAAUCUAUCAGGAAAGUUCAAAGUUAAUUAUACUUCAUUUGAUGAAACAAACUUGAUAGGACGAAAUGAAAAGAACAAGCAACGGAAGUCUUGUGUGAAUUUUCAUAGUAAUGAGGCGGUCUUUGAGGCUGUGGAACAGCAGGAUCUUGAUGCUGUCCAGAUGCUCCUAAACCUCUACAGCACAGAGGAACUGGAUUUGAACACACCAAACAGUGAAGGGUUGAUGCCUUUGGACAUUGCAAUCAUGACUAACAAUGUGCCCAUGGCCAAGAUGCUUCUGCAGGCUGGGGCUAAGGAGAGCCCACACUUUGUGAGUUUGGAGAGUCGGGCCUUACACUUGACAACAUUGGUGCGAGAGUCUGAGCAGCGUGUGAGUGAGUUAACUACACAGGUACUGAAUGAGACACCAAAUGCAAACUACACAGACAAAGAGAAACAACUGAAAGCCUGGGAGUGGCAUUACCGACUCUUCAAAAGAAUGAAAGCUGGCUUUGAGCAUGCACGAGCUCCAGAAGCGCCAACCCAUGUGCAGUUAUCUGUAGCCAGUAGCACCUCAUUGCAGGUGACAUUCCAUGAACCUCUCAGUGUCAACUCUGCAGUCGUCACAAAAUAUAAAGUUGAAUGGAGCACUUCUCAUAACUUCAGUUCAAUAACAGGAGAAGCCUUAUUGGAUGACAUGAAAACUCUACUGUAUACAAUGACAGGCCUUGUCACAGGGAUCUCUUACUAUGUCCGGGUGUCUGCCUAUAAUAUGAAAGGUUGGGGGCCCCCACAGAUAUCCACUCCUGCAUGUGCAACACCUUCUAACUGGAGAGAAUGCAAUGGCAAGGAAGUGAAGCAUAGUGGCCAGACAGAGGCAUUGGAUCUACUACUGAAUCAAAUCAAAAACAACCACCAACAUUGCCUGUGCCAUGAAAACUCAAAAAUCCAUCUGCAGGGCCGUAAACACUCUAUGUCCAAGAGCCUGAAACACCUUUUUCAACCAACAAGCAAAUUUGUUAAAACUCUCAAACGAGGAUUAUACCUAACAGUGAUAUUCUACAAGGAUAAUGACAUAAUUGUGACACAUGAAGAACAGAUUCCAGUGGUAGAGAUGGAUGAUUCAUAUUCAAGCUCACUGAUGCAAGAUUUUCUUUGGUUCACAAAGGUAUCAUGUAUGUGGGAAGAUAGUCGAUGGCUAGGUCAACGUAUGUGUCCUUCUUUGUCUUCCUGCUCAUCAGUACUACAGGCUCGUCAUAAGAUGCUUGUAGCAGUUGCUCAACUUCAGGGACUGCUUGGAACCCAAAAUCUUGGCCACGUGUACUUCGAACCCAUUAAAGACAAACAUGGCAAUGUACUGAUCGUAACCCUGAAGGAACUGAGCUCAUACCAGAGUCUAGAGAAUGUCAGAUGGAUUCCCCUGUCUAAGCUCCAGACUCAGCGCAAGUCACUCUCCUCUUCAGAAGAUCCCACUGCACUGGAUAUGUUGCUGUUAACUCUCCAUGAAAAGCUGGCCUAUCAUAGAAGAAGUAAUCAGGCCCUUUCCCCAGGACUUUAUCUUGGUUAUCUAAAGCUCUGCAGCUCAGUUGAUCAGAUCCAUGUCCUUGUCCCUCAGAAGCUACCCAAUGUUCUGUGUCAUAUCAAGAUAAGAAACAAUCACAAUGUUUCCAGAGAUGAAUGGGAGUGGCUCCAGAACCUUUCAGAUUUGGACGAGGCCACUCUAACAGAUCCAAGUGACGGAUGCUCACAGAUCCUCUUCCAGCGAGAACUCAGGGUAGCCAUUUUAGAACUGAUGAAUCAGAUUGGCAUUCCACUAGAGCAGGCCAAAAAUUUCAGGCUGUACAGCCAAGAGGUGUUGGAUUUUGCAGACAACCUGUCCUUCCUUCUCCUUUUGCCGCCAUCUGAUGAUGUGUGCGCAGCCCCAGGACAAAAUAAGCCCAAUCCUUGUUCAGGGUUCCUCACACUGCCAUUACAGAUUUUUGAACUGGUGCACUUCUUCACCUAUGACAAGGUAUUCAUUAGCCAGUAUUGCCAAGUCUCAGCGCUGCUGGAGUUAGAUUUGCUGCUUUCCCAGCAGGCACUGAGGGAGGCAUUUUCUGACUCUGAGGUAGUUGCAGCCAAACAGAGGCAUCAGCAAGUCCAGGACUUUAUUCAGCAAAUGGAGGAGAUCUGGCGGGAUGUGCGCUGGAUAAUGGAUGUUCUACAGUACGCAAGGUACAAGCAGCCUCCAGGGGGCAUUCCAUUGACCUUGCUGAUGGAUUUUACCACAGAUAUAAAAAAGGACAAUCUGCAAUCUGUUUCAUCCAACCUAGAUUACUUGCCCUCCCCAACCCCUUCCCCAGAGACUAAUCACAAACAUCCCACAGACUCACAUGGGAUAUCAGACGAGGAAGGUUCUUCAGAAGUAUUUUUGGCCACAGACAGUGAUUAUGACUCCAGCCGAGCUCAGAGCCCUAGAGAGGUGGAUCUCAUCUGUUUAUCAGCCCUUGACUGCAGCAAAAGAUCUAGCCACAAUCUACGUGAUGGUGCUCCUGAUGUUCUUCAAGCACAUGAACUCAAAUCCCAACAAGUAAGCUGCAGUCGUGAGGACACAAGGCACACACCACUCUAUGACAGUGAUUUUGUGCUUCCGAGCAGACAGCUGGAGCUUUUGCAUAUAACAGAAAAAAGACAAGCUUACUGUGUCAGAACAAGCAGCUUUGAUAUUCCAACUCAAACCUUCCACGUUCAAAGGAAAUGUUGGUCACGACCUGAAUCCAUGGAUGAAUAUCCAACAGAACAAAAAUCCAAUGGAUCGAGUGUGAAUGGACACAGGCCCUCCGUGUCCUUCAAUCCAAACACCCCUCUUCAUUCUGACAAUAUUUCACAAUUAACAACUCAUUCCAAAUCCCAAGAUUUUGCAGACUGGAUUAAUCCUCAUCAGGAAUCCCUGCUGAAAGAAGAACAAAUCUAUGAAGGGAAUAAACUUAAGUCUGUGAGUUUAAGAGUUUAUCCACAGUACCACACAGGAUUGUCCAAGGAAAUAAGUGUCAAGCUUCAUGUCACAGGCAGUACAUCAGCACGAGAGAUUAUUAAAUUGGUGAUAAAGGAAACAAAUGAGGCAGCGAUGAAAAUGAAUGGAGACAAAGAUGCCCAGUUUUACAGAGAUGAUCAGCUCGAUCACUUUGGCCUGGUGUUAUCCAUGGACAACACUGAGAAAUGGCUACAGGACGACUUUCUACCCCUCUCCCUACAGAAUCCAUGGACCAAGGGAAGAUUGUAUGUUCGUAUUAAAGAGUAUUCUCCCCUAUUAUUGCAACAUGGAAAAGCAACAACUGUAUGAGAUGUAGAUGAGCUACAUCAUUGACGGGUGACAAUCCUUUUUCCUUUUGGAGAGCAUUAUGGUACCAACAAACCCACACAGGAACACAAGACCAAAAUAUUCAGCCUUGCUAAGGGCUAGAUAGGAAUUUAUUUCCUUGUCUCACCAAAGACAGAGUCUUUGUAUCAAAAUUAAAAGAUGAGGGGAGAGUAGCAAAGAUUUUAGGAUAGAAAUCUGUCUAGGCCGUGGUGCAAAAUGGGUGUUAUUCUAUCAGCCAAUACACAGUGCCUGAUACUCACUUCCUUGACCACCUAUUUUACACAGCACCUGAAAUGAAAUUCUACCUUUUUGGUUCUUCAAUUUCCAGGUUUUGAGGACUGAGGACAGUGUUUUGGAAUGACUAUGAACCUUUCUGGGAAAGGUGAAAACAGGAGGAAAAAUCAUUAUGUAACAGUGAUGCUCUGUGUAACUUCAGAGUUUCAAAAUACUUGCACAUUAAUCAAUCACCUGGAAUAUUCUGAAUCAGGAUUGAGGAGACUGUCCAGUGGAGUUGUUGAUCUUCCUCUAAAAUUCCCAAAAUUUGCAGCUGCUGUCUGUUCUGCAUUUCGUUACUGAUGCAAAGCAGCCUUCCUUUUUUUGUUUACAAAUCUAUGGUUGUUGAUUGCAUCCAAGACCUAGCAUGAUGUUAUGUUCAGGAGGAUCACUGAGUAUCAUAUAAAAUGUUACUUUGUGCUAAUUAUGGUGUAUAUGAAGACAAUGGAUUUUUUUUGGUAUGUGUGGCACAUUUUUUUUUAAGUUUUAGAAAUGGAAUGGGCCUUUACCAAUCAGUACCAGCUUGUUUGCUAUUUACAUGGUUCACACUUCAUGAUGUCAGAUUCUUUCAGCAGUUUAUCUCAUUUCCAUCCCUAGAAUCCUCCUUCCGUUUGUCGACAGGCCAAAGUGCACUCUCUAGGCAUAUCAUCUACUCUUAAUUUCUCAAAUAAAAUGUUAUUGUUAAAUACAUGGGCACAUUUGUGCUAAUGUGAAAGAAGAAAGAGCGGAAAAACAUAUCCUGAUUCAAAGUUACAUCUUUGACAAUUUUUGAAAAACUCCUUACUAUCUUUAGUUUGGUAUUAGUGUGUUUCUGUGGAGUGUCUGGGAUCAUUUCUCUAUAUGUUAAAAUGUUGCAAAUAUAGGCAGAAUAUUCUACCUUGUUCCAUGUGCUAUUCCUGCUCCAAAAUAUAUUUGCAACAUGAAUCAAGCAAAUCACCGGCAUAGCUUGGCUUCAUGCAGGUGUAAGAGCUGUUAACCAUUGCUGUUUACACAUGGAUGCACCUCUAAGUGAUGAAAGGAAUUGUUGACUAAGAGCAUUCAGUUUAAUUCAGGAAUAUUUUGCUGAAAUCCCUUUAUGGCUAGUAAUUGAUUUGAUCCUAUUCCCGUAAAAACUAUGUAAAUGAACAAUUAUA